AUGAACGCCUUGGCUUGCGGAGUCUGCUGGUGCGUGUGCGUGACCUUGUGCGCGCUGAGCGUCGAUGCGUCUUGGUGGUACAUGAGCACUCUGGGCUCUGGCGUGAUGUGCGACAACGUUCCGGGUCUGGUGAGCGAGCAGCGCCGGCUCUGCCGCCGCCAUCCCCGCGUGAUGCAGGCCAUCGGCGCCGGCGUGCAGGACUGGAUCGGCGAGUGCCAGCACCAGUUUCGCAACCACCGCUGGAACUGCAACACGGUGGCACGAGACCACAGCCUGUUCGGACGUCUGUUGCUGCGAGGCAGCCGCGAGGUGGCUUUCAUCUACGCCAUCUCGUCGGCUGGCGCGGUGCACGCGCUGGCGCGGGCGUGCAGCCGCGGCGAGCUGGAUUCGUGCUCGUGCGACCCGCGCAAGGCGGGCUCCUGGCGCGACCGCGCCGGCGCCUUCGACUGGGGCGGCUGCAGCGACCACGUGGAGCAUGCCGCGCGCUUCGGACACGCCUUCGUGGACGCCAAGGAGAGGAAGGAGCCCGACGUGCGCGCCCUCAUCAACCUGCACAACAACAGAGCCGGACGCAAGGCGGUGAAGCGUCUCCUGAGUCUGGAGUGCAAAUGUCACGGCGUCAGCGGUUCGUGCAGCGUUCGCACCUGCUGGCUAGCCAUGGCCGACUUCCGCCGCACCGGAGACGAACUCCGCGGCAUGUACAAGCGCGCCGUCCACGUGGCCGUCAACCAGUACAGAGCCGCUCUCACUACGUUGACCACGGCGGGAAGACGCGUGGCGCCGGGCAAGAACCAGCUGGUCUACUCGGACCAAUCUCCAGACUUCUGCGUACGCGACCACGACGCAGGGUCCGUGGGGACGGGCGGCCGGCGGUGUAACGCGACGUCCCGGGGCACGGACAGCUGCUCGGUCAUGUGCUGCGGGCGAGGCUACGACACGGCGCGGGUGAGCCGCAGCGCCAAGUGCGAGUGCAAGUUCCACUGGUGCUGCGCCGUGCGCUGCAGAGACUGCCGCCAGGUGAUGGAUGUCCGCACCUGCAAGGACCACACGUGA